UUGACGAUUUUUUGCAACGUGAUCAGGCUUCAAUGGAGAACAAUCGCGAACAUGAAAAGCUGGUGCUGGUAGUUGAAGAGUGAGUGGGGGCCUUUGCGGAACGAAGAGGGGUGUGCCACACGCACACUUCCUUCGCCAAUCUACCAACCUGCCAGCCUACCAUUUGGUAGACUAACCGUAGUGGGCAUGUACAUACCUACUCAGGUAUGUCAGGUAUAUGAGGCAUGUCAGGUUUGUCUGGUUGUAGUCCCCCCCAGAUAGAAGCCCAACUAGGGUACGACAAGAAUUUGUCACGUCAACGGUGCUUGCAACGCGCGGGGUCCAAUCGUAGGAAAGAAUUGGAGGGUUCAGUUCUGCCCGGUUCGCGGGAAUCUCUUAGUGAUAGGAAAGGAAAAGGAGGAGAUGGAGAUAAAGCCUGCAACACUGGGAACGCAUGGCAGAUUGACGUCGAUGGGGUUGAUGGGUCGACGGGAAUAAUCAAGGCGCACGAGAUUUGCGCAAGAUUAGGCACCGUUACUUACGGUAGUCGACGAAUCUCUGUAGUUUUCUUGUUUACGAAAGACCGGCCAGAACCUUCUCUGGCGAAUUGGUCUAGUCUCUCCUCUUCUAAGAAAAGGUCCUGGUGCCCAAAGUUUGGAAUUUCUAAGUGGACCGAGAACUUGAUCGAAUACGUUGGUGAAAAUUGCGACAAGAAUGGGAGUGGAAUUGUGUCGUGUCACGAAACGUCUGGCUAUCGCCCAUUCAUGGACUCUUCAGAUGCGAUUUGUCCAAACCAGGUGUUUCGAAACGGUUGGCCAAUUGCCAACCAAGGCAAUAUCAACACAUUGUUGAUGAACAAAAGAGUUUCGCGAGUUUCUUCAUAAUUGACCUAUAUCUGACAUGUCAUCAUCCUGUUAGCCAGCGAUUAGUGCCAAGCUUCAAAUUUACACAGGUAAACGAGAGUACAGUAUAUCGAGAGGGGAGGCUUAACGUGUAGCAGGAUACAGCAU